UUCAUCUAGCGCAUCUAUAGUGCAUUCCAGAAUGGCAGCCAAACCAGAAGAAGUCGAUGUCGUGACUGUCGACUCCGUAUCUGAACCUGCUGCAAAGCAACCCGAAACGGCAGCGGCUCCCGAGAAGGCCGAAGAGAAGAAAGUCCAAGAGCCUCCAACAGCAGAGAUGAAGAACCUGAACGUCUCAGAAAAGGAAACCGAAGGAGCAACCGCCGCCGUUGCCAUAGCAUCCGCCCCCAUCGCAGCAUCAACCAGCCCCUCAACAUCAUCUCAAAAACCUACCCCAGCCUCAGGAGAACCCAUCUGGCCCGAAACCCCUGCCGAUCACCCCCUCUCGCAGUUCUACAACACCUUCGAAGAGCUCGUCAAAGAAGCCUCCCACUCCGAAGUCUACGGCAUCACGCUCUCCAAAACGUCUCCCUUCCACACCAAGCUUAUCCUGCAAAAGUUCCUGCGCGCCAACGCGAAUGAUCUCGCCAAGGCGAAAGAGCAGCUCCUCGAGACGUUGAAGUGGCGGAAAGAGUUUGACCCCGUGAAGGCUGCGCAAGAGACGUUUGCGCGGGAGCGGUUUGAAGGGCUGGGCUGGAUUUUGCAGGUUGAGGGCGUGCCGGAGAGCGUGAAUAAGAAGGACGUUGUUACUUUUAAUGUCUAUGGGAAGGUCAAGGAUAAUAGGAAGACGUUUGGCGAUUUGGAGAGCUUCCUCCGCUGGCGCGUCGCCCUCAUGGAACGCUCCAUCCAGCACCUUGCGCUCCCCUCCGCCGCUGCUCCCAUCCCCAACUACGGCGAAGGUCCGGACCCCUACCAAGGCAUCCAAGUGCACGACUAUCUGUCCGUCUCCUUCCUGCGGCAAGACCCGCUCGUCAAAGCGUCUAGCAAGAAAACCAUUGAAAUACUCGGACGCUACUACCCUGAGACGCUAUCACGGAAAUUCUUCGUCAAUGUGCCCGUUGUUAUGGGCUGGCUGUUUGCAGCGAUGAAGCUCUUUGUGGCCAAGGAGACGGUCAAGAAGUUUACGGUGCUGAGUUAUGGGAACCAGCUGGCAGAUGAGUUGGGAUCGGGGGUGCCGAAGGAGUAUGGUGGGGACAAUGGGAGCUUGGAGGAAGUGGGGGAGGGGAUGAAGUUGGAUGGGUAGACGGACUGAUGCAAGAGCACGAUGGCUGGUAUUCUGGCUGAGGGCUUCGCAGGAGAGGAGCGGUCGAUGCUGAGGCGUGAUGGGUCCUCUAGUCUGGGCGAUCUGUCCACCGAUGCCGAUGUUGAGAGGAGGGAUGGG